UGUUCCUCAGUUAAGAAGAAUCAGCGAAGACGCAGGGAUCAGACGUGAUGGCAUGGAGCUUACUCCAAGUAUGAUUCGAAGUACUAUGGUGAAAACGGGUCAGUGUAUCAUCGAACUGUUUCUUGAAAGGUUAGACUCUACAUCUCCGCAAAAUAACGUUGGUUCUGCAACAAAAGUCCUUCAAGACUCGAAGAAAAGCAAUGCAGCCAAAAGAGUAAAGUGUGAAAGCAAGAACACUAACGAUGUGAUUAUGGAGGAGGAAUAUGAUGUAAUGGCUAUGAGUGUUCCAGAUGCUGAUUUCUACAACUUCGACAAGGAUCGGGUCGAAGCUUCUUUCGGAGAAAACCAAGUAUGGGCUGCUUAUGAUGAUUACGGAAUGCCUCGGUGGUAUGCACUGGUCCAUAAGGUUGUUUCUCAAGAACCGUUCAAGACGUGUAUUUCUUGGCUUGAUGGAAAGAAAAAUGGAUAUGUGGGUUCAAUGAAGAAGUGGAUUGAUUCAGGGUAUUACAAGACGAGUGGAUGCUUCUCAAUCGAGAAACGUAGCAGCAACGACUCUCUCAACUCAUUCUCACAUAGAGUACAGUGGACGAUAUGUGAGAAAGGAUUGGUGCACAUAUAUCCGAGAAAAGGCAAUGUUUGGGCUCUUUAUGAAAAUUGGUCACCAUCUUGGGAUAUUUCAACUUCAGUAGAAGAAAUGAACAAGUAUGAAAUGGUAGAAGUUCUUCAAGAUUUCAGUGAAGAGGGAGGUGUGACGGUUGUGCCAUUAGUUCAAGUCCCAGGAUUCAUAACUGUCUUUCGUCGCCUUCCAAAACAGAGGACAUUCCCAAGGAACGAACUGUUCAGGUUCUCGCAUCAGGUGCCUUCUCAUUUUCUUACAAGUCAAGAUGGUGAGAAUGAUCCUGAAGGUUGCUUGGAGCUUGAUCCAGCAGCUUUGCCACAGGAGCUGCUCAAGAUUGUCACUAAGGAGGAGAUGAAAGAAUCGGAGAAUGUGGUCAUCAAGAAACCAGAGGAAGAGGCUAAUGAGGUAGUGCAAGCUAUGAACAAUGUUGGAAUUGAUGAUGAAGCAAAGAAGAAGCUUGAGACUGUGGUAAAGAAACCAGAGGAGGAAGUUGAUGAUGUUCUGGAGAUUCCGAACAAUGUUGCGACUGAUGAUGAAACAAAGGUGAAGAUUGAAUGGAAAGUGACAAAGUGAAAUGGUAGAGAUCAAUUUUCUUAAGAAACCCUGUUUUGUUUUUCCUUUUUUCUUUCUAGAUGUUUAUUCAAGAAACUACAAUAAAUCUGAAUUAGUAUC